AUGAGUGUCCCGGUGCCCCUGCGGUCGGCGCUAGGGCCGUGUCUCGCAGCCCCCGGUGCGCGCGCGGGGAAGUGGCUCUCAGUGACGCAUCCCGUGUCUCAAAUUCGCCGAAUCCCGUCCCUGGCCCGUUCGUACGCGAAGCCAGUCUCGGCCCCGUUGCGCCCCUGGCCCAUUGUCUCGAAACGCGCUGCGUCCACGACAAGCGCCGAACCCAAGCCUGACCCGGUCCCUGCCACGCCCUACUCCGCAUUGACCGUCGGCGUUCCGCAGGAGACCUAUCCGAACGAACGGCGCGUGGCUCUAACCCCGCAGAAUGUCGCUCUGCUGCUCAAGAAGGGUUUCUCGCGCGUGCUCGUCGAGCGCGGCGCCGGCGAGGCGGCCCAGUUGCUAGACGAAGCUUACGAGAAAGCAGGCGCGACCCUCGUCGACCGCAAUGCUGUCUGGUCGGAGAGCGAUAUCGUGCUCAAAGUCCGCAAUCCCCAGGUGGAGGGUCCCGUCAAUGAGGUCCAGGCGCUACGGAAGGGCUCCACGAUCAUUUCGUUCCUCUAUCCCGCGCAGAAUCAGGCCAUUGUCGGUGCGCUCGCGGCGAGGGGUGUGUCGGCUUUUGCUAUGGAUCGGAUUCCUCGCAUCUCGCGUGCUCAGGUCUUUGAUGCCCUGAGUUCUAUGGCCAAUAUUGCGGGUUAUAAGGCUGUGUUGGAGGCGUCGAAUCAUUUCGGCCGCUUCUUGACUGGCCAAGUUACUGCUGCUGGAAAGAUUCCUCCAAGUAAAGUCCUGGUUAUCGGAGCUGGCGUGGCUGGUCUGAGUGCAAUCGCAUCAGCCCGCCGCAUGGGCGCGAUUGUUCGAGGCUUUGAUACCCGUCCCGCGGUUCGCGAACAAGUUCAGUCGCUGGGAGCCGAGUUCGUUGAGGUUGAAAUCGAGGAAGAUGGCGCUGGCCAGGGCGGAUAUGCCAAGGAGAUGUCCAAGGAAUUCAUCGAGGCCGAGAUGAAGCUUUUUAUGGAACAAGCUCGCGAGGUCGAUAUCAUUAUCACUACCGCUCUGAUCCCCGGGAAACCGGCUCCGAAGCUUAUCACCAAAGAGAUGCUGGCGGCCAUGAAACCAGGCUCAGUCAUUGUUGAUCUUGCCGCUGAGGCAGGAGGUAAUUGCGAAGCCACUGUUCCAGGAGAGCUGGCCCGUUACAAGGAUGUCACUGUCAUCGGAUACACGGACCUGCCCUCGCGUCUCCCGACUCAAUCAUCGACACUGUAUUCCAACAACAUAACCAAGCUUCUCCUGUCCAUGGCACCUCAGGAAAAGUCGUUUGGAAUCGACUUCAAGGACGAGGUAGUUCGUGGCUCGAUUGUUACUCUCAAUGGCGAAAUUAUUCCUCCGGCUGCACCACCUGCUCCUCCGGCUCCGAAGCCCGAUGCACAGGCAGUUGCAGCAAAAAAAGAGGAAAAGCUCGAAUUGACCCCGUGGCAGAAGGUUACUCGAGACGUGGCCACCGUCACGGGUGCGAUGGGCACCACCCUCGCUCUUGGAAAGGCAACUGGCCCCAUCUUCAUGAGCAACAUGAUGACUUUCGGUCUUGCUGGCUUGGUUGGCUAUCGUGCUGUGUGGGGAGUUGCCCCUUCUCUCCACUCGCCGCUGAUGAGUGUCACCAACGCUAUCUCGGGGAUGGUCGGUAUUGGCGGUUUAUUCGUUAUGGGUGGUGGUUAUGUCCCAACCACGCUACCUGAAUAUCUCGGCGCUGCUUCCGUACUCUUGGCCUUUGUCAAUAUCUCCGGCGGAUUUGUAAUUACUAAGCGCAUGCUGGACAUGUUCAAACGUCCAACUGAUCCUCCGGAGUACCCAUGGCUCUAUGCUAUUCCCGCUGUCGUGUUUGGUGGUGGCUUCAUUGCAGCUGCGAGUACUGGAAUGGCUGGUCUAGUGCAGGGUGGGUAUCUAGUCAGCACUAUUCUCUGCAUGGCCUCAAUUUCGGGUCUCGCAUCGCAGCAGACUGCUCGACGCGGAAACAUCUUCGGUAUCCUGGGUGUGGUUUCAGGAAUCCUUGCUUCACUCUAUGCAGUGGGCUUUUCUACCGAGACCCUCACACAGUUCACGGCCGUCGCUGGAACUGGCGCUGUUGUUGGUGGACUGAUCGGUCGUCGAAUCACGCCUACUGGACUUCCUCAGACAGUUGCCGCUCUUCAUUCCGUGGUCGGUCUGGCAGCUGUGCUGACUAGCAUCGGAAGCGUGUUGAUGGACAUCUCGGACAUCACGACCUUACACUUGGUCACUGCCUAUCUGGGUGUCCUCAUUGGUGGUGUCACAUUUACUGGCUCGAUUGUUGCGUUCAUGAAGCUUGCAGGGAAAAUGAAAUCCACGCCAAAGAUCCUUCCUGGUCGACAUGUGAUCAAUUCCACGCUGCUUGGUAGUAACAUUGCAACAAUGGGGGCGUUUGUCACUAUGGCACCAGCAAGCCCGGUAAUUGCUGCGACGUGCUUAGGUGCAAACACCAUUCUCAGCUUCCUCAAGGGCUAUACCACGACAGCAGCCAUUGGCGGUGCCGAUAUGCCUGUCGUCAUCACGGUGUUGAAUGCCUAUUCAGGCUUCGCUCUCGUUGCUGAAGGCUUGAUGCUUAACAACCCACUCCUAACCAGUGUCGGCUCGCUCAUCGGCGUCAGCGGUUCUAUUCUAUCAUACAUCAUGUGCGUCGCCAUGAACCGGUCUCUUACAAAUGUUCUGUUUGGAGGCAUUUCAGCCCCAGCAGCCCAGAGCCAGAAGAAGAUCGAGGGCGAGAUUACGCAGACCACUGUUGACGAUACUGUGGAGUCACUUUCUAGUGCUGAGAGUGUCAUCAUUAUUGUCGGUUACGGAAUGGCUGUCGCCAAGGCGCAGUACGCUCUCGCUGAGAUCGUGAGUCUCCUGCGCGCUCGCGGCGUGAAUGUGCGCUUCGCCAUCCACCCCGUCGCAGGCCGCAUGCCGGGCCAGUGCAAUGUGUUGCUAGCUGAGGCUUCGGUGCCGUACGAUAUCGUCCUGGAAAUGGACGAAAUUAACGAGGACUUCUCCGACACGGACGUCACCCUCGUCAUCGGCGCUAACGACACAGUCAACCCCAUUGCUAUGGAGCCUGACUCUGCCAUCUCUGGCAUGCCUGUCCUGCAUGCGUGGAAGAGUAAGGAGGUUAUUGUCAUGAAGCGCGGCAUGUCGAGUGGAUACGCCGAUGUUCCCAACCCCAUGUUCUUCAUGCCCGGCACGAGGAUGCUCUUCGGUGACGCCAAGUCUUCUUGCGAUGCUAUCAAAGCCGCCCUGGAGGCCCGGAAGUAG